AUGGCGUCCAUGGCCGAUCCAGGGCGGAGCCCUUUCUCUACCGAUGCACAUGGUACUGGCCUCUACAAGUCUAUACCCAUUUUGCCAUCAUCCUCCACGGGGUCAUCCCUAACACCACCACGAGAUCCGAUGGAUGUCACGCCGUCUGGAAGCACAGUAAUGGGGCCGCCUCUGCUUAGCAGUCCUGGCGCUGAUCGUAACGGAGGCGCGCACAUACCAGGCUGCGAAUCGGAACCGGUAACGAACGGCAACGGUGGUCCAGCUAUUGGUGCGGCAGCCGCAGCGCAACAGCCAAAGGUCGUCCAGACCGCCUUUAUCCAUAAAUUAUACAACAUGUUGGAAGACCAGAGUAUACAGCAUCUUAUCUCGUGGUCGAGUACAAACGAAAGCUUUGUGAUGUCUCCUUCGAGCGAGUUCUCAAAAGUUUUAGCGUCUUAUUUCAAACAUACAAAUAUUUCGUCUUUUGUACGGCAGCUAAAUAUGUAUGGCUUCCAUAAAGUGAGCGACGUGUUUCACACUGGAGCACCGGACUCUCCCCUGUGGGAGUUCAAGCAUGGCAACGGCAAUUUCAAGCGAGGCGACCUCGUGGGUUUGAGAGAGAUUAAACGGCGGGCGUCAAGACACGCCCUGAUUCACCGGGAUUCCUUCCCAGCCGGACCAAAGGUUGCCGCACCACCAAUGCCUGGGACUCCAGUCGAGCCGAUGCCAGAUCCGGUGGAAGCUCGAUUGAGUAUGUUGGAGCACAACCUGUACGAUAUGCACAACCGAGUAGCGCGCUCGGAGGACGCCCAUGCGUACGUGACCUCAAAGUGCCAGAUGCUGACGGACGGCCUCCUAAGAUGCCAUCAGUGGAGUCACGAGAUCGCCAACUACAUUAUGGCCAUGGUGCCGGACCCUGAGAACCAACUACACAAAGACGUCGCCCUUAUGCAACGGGAAAUCGCGCGGCAAACAGAGAUGCUCCGCGCCUUCGACGAACCCCAAGAGCCACCACCCGCAGCCCGACCAUCCUACUUCCAACAGCACGUAACCGAGCCUCUAUCCCCUCGACAAAUGGCCCACGACGAACGCCGCCGGCCCUCCCUAGCCGGCUCCUCCCACCCCGGCUCCUUCCGCGCCCCCGUCCCAGCCCACCUCGCCGUCUCCCCCCGCCGCUACGGCUCCAUCGGCAGCACCAACUCGCCCUCCUCGAUCCGCGCGCCAAACUACGCUCAACCACCGCCGCCACCCCCACCAGUAAUCCAGCACCCGCUCGCAACCGUUUGUUCUCCACCCGCCAGCCUAGCCCGCCGCCACACCUCGGCCGACAUCCGCGCGCACGGCUGGCCUGCGCCCCAACCUCCACCUCCCGGACCCGGACCCGGACCCGGACCCGCCCACUCUCCCUACGCGUCCGGCCAGAACUCCACACAGUGGCCCUCGUCGCCGCACCGCGCGCCCAGCCUAGCCGUCCCGGGCGACCAGUCCCUGCGCGACGCGCUCGCCGCCUACGAAAUCAACCGGAACCCUCGCGCCCACCCCCAGCAGCAGCAGCAGCAGCAGCAGGGCCACGGCUCACGUCAGCCGACGCCGCCGCCGCUGGUCAGCGACACGGGGUCCGGCAACCUGAGCGCGGAGAGCGGGUGGAGUCUUCCGGGGCCCAGAUACCCGUUUAGAGGAAUCGAUGCGUCGGGUCCCCCGACGAGGAGGAGCAGCAUGGCGAGUAAUGUGCAUAGUUUGCUUAAUCCCGCGGAAACGGUUGAGCGGGCGGACGAGGAUGAGGGGGUUGUGGAUGAUCGGAAGAGGAAGAGGGUGCAGUGA